AUGACGGGACUCCACUUUGUCGUUCUCGGCGCCGGCGUCAUCGGCCUCACGACGGCCCUGACGCUGCGCGCGCGGCACCCGUCGGCGCGCAUCACCAUCCUCGCGGCCGACUUCCCGGGCGACUACAACAUCGACUACUGCUCGCCCUGGGCCGGCGGCAACUGGUGCUCGGCGGCCACCGACAAUGGGCUGCUCGAGUCGUUCGACCGCGUAACCUACGAGCGCUUCGCCGCCAUUGCGCGGCAGAGCCCCGAGGCGGGCAUCCAGUGGUCGCCGCUGCGCAUGAUCUUCGACCAAAAGAUCGAGGACGCCGCCAUCCUGAGCGAGGGCACGGGCAAGCUGUGGUAUGACGAGCUCGUGGGCGGCGUCAAGGCGGUGGCGCAGGGGGCGUUGCCGGCGCGGGCGGCGUUUGGGCUCGACGUGCCGCGGACGUUUGUGAUCAACACGCAGAUCUACCUGCAGUGGUGCGUUGCUGCUUCUUCUUUUUCGUGA